UGGCAACCCGGUACGCGUCUACGAUUUGUUUCUGAAGAGGUCGUCGAUGACUUUGCGAUUAUACAAAAUUACAAAGAAAAAGUGUGUCCGUUGUAGUGCUAUUUUACUGUUUAUCUACGUUUUUUAGUGUAAGCAUAUAAAUAUACACAUCAUGGCCGGAGCGAUGUUAUUCGAGCGAUCGCGUGUGUCGUCGUCGACGAACAGAGACGAGGACGUCCGCAUGACCGACAAAAUGGUUAGCACUGGCGAAGUUCCCGAAGAUGACGAAGAAAACAUAAGGGCUAAGGAGCAGGGCAUCCUGAACCUCGGCGAGAAAUACAAAAAAGAAGGAAAGGCUAAAGAAUUAGCGGAACUGAUCAAAGCGACUCGACCCUUCCUAAGUCUGAUAAGUAAAGCGAAAGCAGCGAAACUGGUGCGCUCCCUGGUCGAUUUCUUCCUGGAUCUAGAAGCGGGCAUCGGCAUCGAGGUUCAGUUGUGUAAAGAGUGCAUAGAAUGGGCCAAGGAAGAGCGCCGCACCUUCUUGAGGCAGUCGCUGGAAGCGAGGCUGAUUGCGCUGUACUUCGACACGGGUAUGUACACGGAAGCCUUGGACCUCGCCACUGCUUUGCUCAAAGAGCUUAAAAAGUUAGAUGACAAAAACUUACUAGUUGAAGUGCUUCUUUUAGAAAGUAAAACUUAUCAUGCCCUUAGCAAUCUACCCAAAGCCCGUGCCUCCCUGACGUCAGCCAGAACUACUGCGAACGCUAUUUACUGUCCACCCAAAAUGCAAGCAGCCCUCGACUUACAAUCUGGCAUACUCCAUGCUGCUGAUGAGCGUGACUUCAAAACUGCUUACUCAUACUUCUAUGAGGCAUUUGAAGGUUAUGAUGGGGCAGACAGUCCAAAAGCCCUAACUGCUUUGAAGUACAUGUUAUUGUCCAAGAUUAUGUUGAACAAUGCUGAGGAAGUUGGAACCGUUUGCAGCAGUAAGGCAGCACUGAAGUAUGCAGGCAAAGAGCUGGAGGCCAUGAGAGCUGUGGCCACAGCUUCCCACAAGAGGUCCCUGGCUGACUUCCAAGCCGCACUCAAGACUUACAAGAGAGAAUUGGAGGAGGAUGCGGUGGUGAGAGCUCACCUUGGGGCAUUGUAUGACACCAUGUUGGAGCAAAACUUAUGUCGCAUUGUAGAACCUUACAUGAGGGUCCAAGUAGACCAUGUUGCCCGUUGUAUCCGUCUGCCCGUAGUACAAGUGGAGAAGAAACUUUCCCAGAUGAUUCUUGACAAGAAACUGAAUGGGAUCCUGGAUCAAGGUGAAGGUGUACUUAUUGUGUUUGAUGAGUCCCCCCUCGAGAAAACCUAUGAAACCGUCCUGGAGACGAUUCACCACAUGAGUAAGGUUGUUGAUACUCUUUACCAGAAAGCAAAGAAACUCUCAUAGACCCAUCUGUAAAUUUGUUGUAGCAUUAAAAAUAAUAAUGUAUAUCAAAGUAACCAUAAAUUUUCAGUUGAAACUAUUUGUAAAUGGAACUAUUUUUUGAAAGAAUUCCAAAUUGCAUUAUUUGUACCACAAUGUUGUAAGUGAAAGAAAUAAUUACAGAAAAUGUUUAAAAAAAUAUAUAAAAAAUAGUCUAGAAAACGGGGAAUUGCUGCAACCCCAAUGUUGAGGGCUAUUAAGGUUCAUUGUGUCAAUUGGCACCUAACUACUACAAAAGAUACGCAUUUUUAAAUAUACCUACUAAUCUUUAAUUUGAUUUUACAUUUCCUUUUUUAACAUAAGCUAGUGAAAAAUUAUAAUAUUCUGUUUUAUUGAGAUAAAUAAAAGGUGUUCUCCAAA